UCAUCAAAAUGCCAUAAAGAUCUUCCAAAAACAAAACUGCUUCCUCCUAUCAAACUACCACUACUCUCAUCUCCUCCUCUCCCUACGACUUGUAUAAAUAAGCGAGGCAGGCGAUCCCUGGCCCGGAGGGGAGGCAGAGGCAGCAGCAACUACCACCAGUAGCAGUAAUCUAAUCUCCCCUUCUCCCUCUUGGCCUCUCCCGCAGUGCCAUCCGCAGCGGCCUCCAAAGCAUCCCAUCCAACGACCAAUCCGCUCCCAACAAAAGACGCCAUCAACAGCGACAAGGCAGCAGACAAGGGAGGGAUGGGGGGAGUGCAUCGGCCAGAGGAGGAGGAGAACGGGAGGAAGGCGGCGCCGGUGGUCCUCAGGCUAUUCGGCGUGGAUGUCGUCGCCGACGAGGGGCCGGAUUACAACGGCAUCGGGUUCGAGCUCAGGAAGAGUUCCAGCAUGCCCAACCUCGCCAUCCCCUCCGCCGACCCGCUCCUGCCGCACGGGGAGGCCGGCGAGGGCAAGCGGUACGCCUCCGACGAUCUGGAGCUGGCGUCCAGGCAGCAGAAGCGCCGCCGCCGCAAGGCCCAGGAGAGGAAGAAAGGGAUUCCGUGGACCGAGGAGGAGCACAGGAAGUUCCUGGACGGCCUGAGGCAGCUGGGCAAGGGGGACUGGAGGGGCAUCUCCAAGGGCUUCGUGACCACCAGGACGGCGACGCAGGUGGCCAGCCACGCCCAGAAGUACUUCCUCCGCCAGACCAACCCCGGCAAGAAGAAGCGCCGGGCCAGCCUCUUCGACGUCGGCAUCGCCGACUUCGGUGACGAUCAGGUGCCAAGCCCUCCAAACAGUGCCACUAAGCCUGCUCCUUCUCAGGAGAUAAUUCAUACCGACCGCGGCGAUGUCCCGAUACCAAGCUGUAGGGGCUUUGGAGGGAUUUUAGGCAAUAACAUUCAGGUUAGUGAACUGACUAAUUACUUCGUGACCCCAAUGGCUCACGGCGAGACGUCGCUCGCGUCCAUGUCCUCCGGCCUCCUGGAAACAGCCUCGUCCUUCAACAGCCUGGAGCUCAGCAUCGUCGUCAACAAUCUGGAGCUCAGCAUCGCGCCUCCUGCUCGCUGCGGCUAUGGUGGCGCUGCCGGGGCAAUCAAAGUGCUGUGACUCGAGACACCGGGCUGAUGCUUGGCUCAGCUGCCGCGAUCUGUAUCAGCUGCAGGCAGGCACCUCCUGCCUGUUCGAUCAUGCUGUUGUUGUUGUCGUCGUCGUCUUUAUUGUGCUAACUUCGUGUUCUUCGUCGAUGGCGUGCCGGUUUUCGGUUUGUUUCUUUCUUGUGAUCCUACUACUACAGGAAGAAAGUUUGUGCUGGUUGGUUGGUAGAAGCUGUUGAGCGGAAAUCAGAUUUACUAUUUGUUGCAUGGCA